GUAACGGUCCGCCCCCAAGAACGCCGGUGGGUGUCAUGUGAUCGCCGAGUCAGCUGACCUAGGUCGAGCCGGAAUAAGCCCUGGAUUCGUUCUCUUGACAUCAUGAGGUUCCGGUUCUGUGGCGAUCUGGACUGUCCUGACUGGGUCCUAGCAGAGAUCAGCACACUGGCCAAGAUUUCCUCUGUGAAGCUGCGGCUGCUGUGUAGCCAGGUGCUAAAGGAGCUUCUGGGGCAGGGGAUUGAUUAUGAGAAGAUCCUGAAGCUCACUGCUGAUGCGAAGUUUGAGUCUGGAGAUGUGAAGGCCACAGUUGCAGUGCUGAGCUUCAUCCUCUCCAGUGCAGCCAAGCACAGCGUGGACAGCGAUUCCUUGUCCAGCGAACUACAGCAGCUGGGGCUGCCCAGAGAGCACGCCACCAGCCUGUGCCGCUGUUAUGAGGAGAAACAGAGCCCCCUACAGGAGCAUCUUCGGGCCUGCAGCCUUCGUGUGAACAGGCUGGCCAGCGUGGGCUGGCGGGUGGACUACACUCUGAGCUCCAGCCUGCUACGUUCUGUGGAAGAGCCCAUGGUACACCUGCAGCUACAGGUGGUGCCUGCUCCGGGUGCCCUGGCCCAGCCUGUGUCCAUGUCCCUCUCAGCAGAUAAGUUCCAGGUUCUGCUGGCAGAACUGAAGCAGGCUCAGACCCUGAUGACUGCUUUGGCCUGAGGGAGAAGGUGUGCCUAGCCUCUGUGGAACUGCCCUGCCUGCACUGAGUUGCUCCCCUCCACACUCCUCUUCCAAGGGUGGCCCUGGCCUCUCGGGUCUCUGGCUGCCUGCUUCCUGCCUAGGGCUCCUGGGGAUCUUCCCCUGAAUUGCCUUCUUUUGAAAGAAAAUACUUGUUAACCAUUUUUACAGGCAAAAAGAAUAAACGAGUGUACAGCA